GGGGACAGAAAGAACUUUGCUGCAGAAACUUCGCAACAUUUCUUCUUGCAACUGACAAGUGUAUAUUAACACCAAGUCUACUAAAAUCACAGUUAGUUUUAAACAAAUUUACAUGUUUCUUUUCCCCUAUAUUUCCCUCAUUUUUCCAACAGAAUGGAGCAAUCUCAGUGCCAGAUACUGUGGAGGACAAUGGCGAGGGCAGCGACGGCACCCCUUCCGAUGAUCUGGAGUCUGGACCUCCUCCCAAGGCCGAGAAAGGGGCAGUAAAGUUUGGCUGGAUAAGGGGCGUCCUGGUGAGAUGCAUGCUGAACAUCUGGGGUGUCAUGUUGUUCAUCCGUCUGUCCUGGGUUUUCGGUCAGGCAGGAUGGGGUCUCGGAACUGUGGUCAUUGUUCUCAGCUGUGUGGUCACCACCAUCACCAGUCUUUCCAUGUCUGCCAUCUGCACGAACGGUGUGGUCAGAGCAGGAGGGGCCUACUACUUGAUAUCUCGCAGUUUGGGACCAGAGUUUGGCGGGUCGAUCGGUCUGAUUUUCGCCUGUGCCAAUGCGUUGGCUGUAGCCAUGUAUGUGGUGGGAUUUGCAGAGACAGUGGUGGACUUGCUCAUGGACAAUGAUAUGCUCAUGGUGGAUCCAAUAAAUGACAUCAGAAUCGUUGGAAUUAUCACAGUUGUGGUGCUCUUAGGCAUAUCAGUCGCUGGAAUGGAAUGGGAGGCAAAGGCACAGAUUGUUCUGCUGGUUAUCUUGCUGGUGGCCAUAGUGAACGUAUUUGUGGGAACAUUCAUCCCUGCAACAGAAGUUAAGAAAUCCCAAGGCAUUUUCAACUAUAACUCGAAAAUCUUCUUAGAUAAUUUUGCGCCGGAUUUUCGAGGUGAAACAUUUUUCUCAGUCUUUGCCGUCUUUUUCCCUGCUGCAACGGGAAUCCUGGCUGGAGCAAACAUCUCUGGAGAUUUGAAGGAUCCCCAAAAAGCCAUACCUAAAGGUACCUUCUUGGCCAUUGUAAUCACUGGUGUCACCUACCUGGCUGUGGCCCUGUGUGUCGCUGCUACCGUUGUCCGUGAUGCCACAGGAAACAUAACUGACGUCAUCCUCCCUGGAACAGUCUGCAAUGGCUCAGCAGCAGUUGCUUGUGAACUUGGAUUUGAUUUCUCUAGGUGCGAAACAGAAACAUGCGACUUUGGCUUGAUGAACAACUUCCAGAUGAUAACCUUCCUGUCAGGGUUCGGUCCCCUCAUCAUUGCCGGAACGUUCUCAGCCACACUUUCAUCAGCUCUGGCUUCUCUUGUCAGCGCACCGAAAGUCUUCCAGGCACUGUGCAAAGACAACAUCUACACGGCCCUGCACUUCUUUGCCAAAGGAUAUGGCAAGAACAACGAGCCCAUCCCUGGUUACAUCCUCACGUUCUUUAUUUCUGUGGCCAUCAUUCUCAUCGCUGAUCUCAACAUCAUCGCUCCCAUCAUCUCAAACUUCUUCCUGGCAUCUUAUGCUCUCAUCAAUUUCUCCUGCUUCCAUGCAUCUUGGGCCAGGUCUCCAGGUUGGAGACCAGCAUACAAAUACUACAACAUGUGGCUAUCCCUGUUGGGAGCGGUGCUCUGCUGUGUCGUUAUGUUUGUCAUCAACUGGUGGAUCGCUCUGCUCACAUACGGCAUUGAACUGCUCCUCUACAUUUAUGUCACGGUGAAGAAGCCAGCUGUGAACUGGGGUUCGUCCACUCAGGCAGUGACGUUCGUGAGCGCGGUCGGCAACGCUCUGUCUCUGUCUGGUGUAGACGAUCACGUCAAGAACUUCAGGCCUCAGAUCUUAACACUGACAGGUUCACCACGAGCCAGGCCGGCUCUCCUGGAUCUGGCUCACUCCUUCACUAAGACCUAUGGACUCUGUCUCACCUGUGAAGUGUUUGUGGGCCCACGAUCAGAGGCUCUUCAAGAUCUGAAUGCUGGAAUGGAGAGGAACCAGAUGUAUCUUAGGAAGGCCAAACGCAAGGCAUUUUACGCUGCUGUCGCCUGCGACAACUUCAGGGAUGGAACUGACAGUCUGCUGCAGGCUUCUGGUCUUGGCCGUAUGAAGCCCAACACGUUAAUGAUAGGGUUCAAGACAAACUGGAAGACUGCCGGAACAGAAGCAGUGCAGAGUUAUGUGGGAAUACUGCACGAUGCGUUUGACUUUGAGUAUGGAACAGUGGUGCUGAGGAUAAACGAGGGACUGGAUGUGACACACAUUGUCGAAGCAGAAGAUGAGAUGCUAAAGGCGGUGAAGGAGCAACGGGACCUGGAGAAGGAGAUGAGGGCAAACGAAAGGAAAGGAAAAGGACUGUUCAGGAAGAACAGGAAAUCCUCUCAGCAAGUGCUAGCAACCAGAGUGUCAGUGUGUGGCCCUCCGCCCCAGCAGGUUGCCAAGAUGAAUGAGAAGUUGUUGCAGGCCAGCACUCAGUUCAAGAAGAAGCAGCCUAAAGGCACCAUUGAUGUGUGGUGGCUGUUUGAUGACGGAGGUCUCACCUUGUUGCUCCCGUACAUCCUCACCAACAGAAAGAAGUGGAAAGACUCUAAAUUAAGGAUCUUCGUUGCAGGGCAGCCUGGACGCACUGAGCAGGACAAACAAGAGAUGACGUCUCUGCUGGAGAAGUUCAGAAUUAAAUGCAGUGAGAUUAUUGUGAUUGAUGACAUCCACGUCCAAGCCACUGACGACAGCUUGCAGAAGUUCCGGGACAUGAUUGAGCCUUUCCGCCUGCAUGACGGGUCCAAACGUGCUGCUGAGGCUGGAGCCAUGAAGAAAGAGCACCCCAACAAAAUCUCUGAUGAAGAGCUGAGCAGCUUUGAGGAAAAGACCAACCUCCAGAUACGACUGAAUGAGCUCCUUCAAGAACACUCCAAAUCAGCCAGUCUGAUCGUUGUGAGCAUGCCCAUUGCUCGUAAAGGAUCUAUUUCUGACUUCCUCUACAUGGCCUGGCUGGACACUCUGACAAAGGACCUUCCAGCCACAGUUCUCAUCAGAGGCAACCACAAGAGUGUGCUUACGUUCUACUCCUGAGCACCUCGCAAGCUAGAGACGGAACAAUGGUAGUACCAUAACGAUGAACCAUGUUGAUAAUGUGGGCGAGCAUGUGGACUAUGUUCAGUCAUCCAGACCAACGCUAUAGUGUAACACAAACCAGCAUUUUCAGCUAACUCUUACUGAGGCCACUAAUAAUCCAAUUCUCAAUUGUACAGACACUGACAGAAAAGUAAUAAACAACAGACAAAAUAACUAAACUGUGAAGUAUUCAAACAGGAAAUUGUGAGUCCCAGCUUUAAUAUUUUACUACUGGUUUUAUUGGUUAGUCUGGUGUGAGCUGUUUCAUGACAAGUUGUUUUCAACAGUUCAACUGCACUGUGUGAAGUUGCAAAAAGCUUGCCAGAAAGCAAACCUUCUUGUUAUUAUAUGACAAUGUAUGGAUACCAAAGUAAACAGUUGACUGUUUUGCUGGGACCAAACUUCUCUGGCAAUGCUGACAGACAAGGACAAGAUUAUCUAAGUGAAGAAAACACUGAUUUGUGAAUGAGCCUGAAUGGGGUUGUAGGUUUAGUUUAAGAGGACAGCUGCAGAAAACACUGCUAAAUGUGAAGAACUAAGCUGUAAGCUCAUAACAAAGCCAUAACACGGUCAGUUGAAUUCGAUGAACAAAGGCAGCAACGGUUACACUGAGUGACUGUGAUUGUAAAAUAAAUGUAUAUAGUAGAUGUUGGAAUUCAGUAGUGGAUAUUUUUAAGCAAACACACCUUUAAUGAAUGACCAGGAGCUGAAUAUGUCUUUUUAAACCACCGUGAUAAUUUAACAAAUGGUCUGAUUAGUUUAUAAAGCAUAUUUUCUGAGUCUAAAAUAACUUCUGUACACAGUUGUUUACCUGUUUCAUAUUAUGUUGUUUCAAUAUUAUAUACGGUACUUUGUUCUUUAAGGAAAACUGAAUGAACCAAAAUAUUGUAAACCCAAUUAUUUCUGUAUAUUUUAUGAUGCUGUCUAUUUAAAUGUAUAUCUGUGAUCAACUGAAAUAAAGAAUAAAUAAAACUUU